AUGGCUCCCAGCUUGCAAGAGCUAAUCGACUUUCUGCUGAACGAGGUCGCCCUUUGUGGUAGUCAAGGCGCGACCUUGUCUGGAAUUCUUGAAGCAAUCGAGGAUUUCUACCAAAAUGCACAUCAAGAAACAAGCCAGCGAAGCCAGACUGUAGAUCGCCGCUUUAAAGCCAAGGUCUGGUCAUGGCUCAUGCGCCAACCAGAGGUGUCUGUCAGACCGGAUGAUGAAUGGCGGCGCCUCAGUCUGGACGAGGCAGAACAAAAAAAUCGUGAACUUGAAGAAGCAGGCAGCCACCAGGACCCUGACGCAGAUGGAGAUCAAGAUGAAGUACCACCCACCCCAUCGUCGAUUCGCAUCUUCGUUUCGAAAGAGCGGAUGUGGUACGCUCUCACUGGGCAUGAGCCUGAUGAAACAAAAGUCCCGGCUAGCGAAUUCAUGCUACUUUCUAUCAUUGCUUCGCGCAAGUCCGCGGGUAUCGCCCAAACCGACUUGGUGAGAAUCAGUAACCAAGACAAGCGCUCCGUUCCCAAACGAACAGAUGCUCUAGCUCACAAGGGCUAUGUCGAAAAACGCCCCAUCCAAGUCAGAUCAGCUCGCACCAGUCUCGUUACUUUUCGACGAUUCGUGAAACCCGCUACUGCCGUGGAGACAGCUGUUGAAGGCCCCUCUGGAGGUAUCUCCGAACGUCCCAUUAUCAACUUUGACGCGUUCAAUGCCAAAUUGUUCGGCAUUCUGAAAGAAUUCGGCAUCAUUUCGCGGAAUGAUCUCAAGAGGCGGCUAGGAUUUGAAGAUCGCUGGCGCUGGAGAAUCCUGUCGCGUGCGCUUCGCAAAUUCGAAAGGAUUGGAGUCUUGAAGCGAGUCAGAGCAAAAUCACAAUACGAUAAGAUUCAUCCCUGUGUGAUGCUUGUUCGCGAGCCCACCGAGACCGAUCUUGCCAAGUUCAAUGCCGUUAGUGGCGAGUUGAACCGGACUGUAGAUGAUCAGGCGGAUGACGACGAUGAUAUCGAUGAUACUGCGGGGAACGAGCCUGCUGGUGCAGAUGAAGGUGCCCUUGAAAUGGCAAAGGACAAGCCUGUCCUCGAAGCCGGACGCACCGUGCCAUCAUGGACUCCAGAUCGCUCCGUGGCAAACCAGAUUUUCGACAUUGUGAAUAAUUCUGGCACCGCUGGAAUCACCAAUCAUGAAAUCAAUCGCAUCUGCUUUGGCAGUAUCUACCGUCGACCUUCCGAAAGUGCGCUGCAUCGUCUUACUGAUUGUUGGCAACUUUCCCAGCCACCUCACCUCCGACACCUUGGCAUUGUUCGGGAUACAGCAAUCGAGAAAACAACUUUCUUCUACGUACAUUACUCGGUGAAAAAUUUUGCAAAGAUGGUGGAGAGUGGCAAGACAUCGUGGGAGGCCGUGGAGUUCCCACCACAAAAGGCCAAGGCGGCCAAGUGCGUUCUUCCCGCAGUGGAUGUUACUGUACAGCGUGACAAAUACGGCUUCCAUGAAUCAAGUGCUGUGAAAGAUCUGUUGAAGAAUGGCAAUGCGAGCUUAUUCGAGGCGCUCGCAGUCUGCAAGCCACCCACCUACCUUCUGUCAAGCAGUGAUCCCAUGCCGGUCAAGCUUGCAAAUGGUCAUUUCAUGGUUGAUAUGGGUAGAUCGGCUGUCACUGGGACGGUCAUACCAUCGCCGAUUAGUGCUCGCCGUCAUGGCGGCCGUCCUAGGGGGCCGCGGUACAAAGGCUCUCAAAAACAGUCAAAUUUGUCGAAAAUGGAGAGGAGCUCCCCCGGAAUUCCAGAUCCCGAUGACCCUGAUGCGAUGGAACUGGAUAAUAUCCCGCAUGCGGUUCCAGAUCACCUAACAUGGGGACAACCUUCUCGUCAGACGCCAAGGGCCGGUCACAAACGCGCGAAGCUGGAGGGUCUUUCGGAAAAAGAAAUAUUUGAAGCGCUAGGCAUGGAUGAAACUUGGACAGAGUACAACGUGCUUGUCAAUGAAUGCCCCAACCCUGGCGUCUAUGUCACACCUCAAGGCAAGAGGCGACCAGCGGGUAGGAAACAAGGUCGUCCCGCAAGAAGCCGAAUUGCAGUCUUCAGAUCAGCGCGAUUGGCAUCCUUCUCUUGGUUCCCCAAACCAAAUGGUGACAAGGGUGAUGCGGCUAUUGAAGAACAGGAAACCUCGGCCGAAGUUGGCGCUCUCGGAAACGGUGUGCCUAUCUCGGUGCCCAUUGCACCUGGCGCCGAAGGAUUCACGACCUUCCGACCCGCGAGUAAUGUGCAGACCACCACGAGAACUUCAACCAGGCGAAAGCGGGCCCAGGAUGAUUUGGAUCACACUGAUUCGCAGACUCCGGCGCUCACUGCCCUUGAAGAGCCCCAGCGUACCAUGAGGCGACCCCGGAAACAAGCUCAUCUUGAAGAGCCUCGAGAGGACGCCGACGAAGUGCUUGCAGAAGCCCCAGAAAGUCCAGCUCCAGAGGAGACUGUUCAGAUACCCCAUGAAGUUGAAUCUGCCCCGGCUGUUACUCGUCAGAAGAGCCCGACGGUACACCCACUGAGCGACGAUGAAGCUGAAGUGUCUACGCCUAAACGACGACGCAUCGCAUCUCCUGCUCAACCCGUCUCGCGUGAGAUUACCCAAGCAGAAAGUUUAAAGGCUACUGCAAGCCCUGCCAGCCCUGCUAAGCGAGCCUCUGGUCCCAAGCGGAGAGGACCUCGGCCUUUCUCGAGAAACUGGCUCUCCAAAGCGAUUCCUCCGACCCCCGCAGAUGCACCGGGCGAGACCCCACAGCUGGUUCAUGGCUCGGCGGACCGGGGUGGCUCCAUUAGUCUUCUUCGGAGAAACAUCAUUAUGGAGAUUAUUGAAAAGGCUGGUGGCGCAUAUCCCUCUGUUCCGGAGAUCUGGUUCCCAUUUGCAACCGUGUGGCUUAAGCGGAAGCAGAAAGAGCGGCCCGAUAACCGUACAGUCAAGACGGCGAUCAGAAACCUGGUUGACGCCGGCAAACUUCGACAACUGACAUUCUGUGGCAAAGGUCCGAAAGGCGCAAUGGUCACCAAGACCAUUCUGACCAAGCCUGAAAUUUCACCAGAAGAACCCUUCGUCAAGGAGAUGCAACGCAAGCUCCUGGCUGCGACUGAUCAGCGUCUUUCAUACUCACCGAAUAUUGAGCUUGAUCCCGAGCUUGUUAGGCACACUGGCCAAACUGGCGUACCCAAACUUGCCCUGCCCAUGGUGUCAGGUGCUACUGUCCAGUUGCAACAAAAACCUGCCACUGUCAUUGCAGAGGAGCAAAGAACCGAACGUCGGGUUCAAAAAGACUUGUUGAAGAGGCUGGAAGAUCAGCUUGGUAUUGGCAGCGAUACUUCUGCUACUGGCAACAAGCGACUCAUGAAGAUUGGUCCUCGUGGACCUCGUCAACCAGGUCAAGUCUCUCUGAUCGGUGCCCAUCGGACAUUGAUUUCUCGACCAGGCGUUGGCAAGCCCGUCAGAAGGACCAAGGGUGAGAUCGUCAAACCAAUGUCUGCCAUCAGCCCGCAUGCCAUGCUGAUGCACCCAAAACAAGCCUUCCACUCGAGCUCUGGCACGUUUGGUACAUUCGGCUUGGCGAGGAAACCACGCAUAAUGAAGAAGCCUGGUGGCGGUGAUGCGGAGAGCUCUGUUCGCGAGCUUGCUAAGCUUGCAUCUGCUCCGAAUAUUACCCAAACUGGCCGAGUUAAGACUUUCCACUCAAAGGCGGAAAGGAUUCUCCGGUGGGAACUCGAACAUGAGGAGAUUUUCGACGAGGCUCAUCACGGGACCGACACAUACAUUGAACAAACCGUUAGUGACGAGUUUGAAAAUGUACCCAUUGCAGGUGUGAUUCGGUUCGAUACCGAGCAGCCAGCUAGGCCAGCCCCCCAGCGGAGAAGUACGAUGACAACCCGGGGCGCAGUGUACACAGGGCCGUUGCGCGAGAUUCGACCUCGCCCUCCCCCAGAGGCUGCUCCUAUUGCGAUGCCUCCAGAAUACCAACCGUUCCACAAAAUUGCUCCUGGUCCCGCACGUCGUCGUAUUGACGGGGUGGAUACAUCUAUUCCUAAUCGACAUGGUGUACAGCCGGAUGAUGUCAGAAUACAACGAACGCGCCGCCGAGUUGCUCUUCCACCGCUUGUCCAGAUCCUGUAUCGGAAGAUCAUGGUUGCCAUCGUCGCCGUCAGAGUGUUGGCAGGCGGUUCGGAGGCCCGGAGCAUCGACUGGGACCUUGUGUCUGCCGCAUUCCCCAAGCAAGAUCCAGCUUUUAUCCAGGAGCAUGCCAAGAACAUCCUGGCCAAGAGCCGAUUGCAGAUUGCCGGCAUGCAACGUGACUUCCAAGAGCAAUAUCUCGAAGCAUACGCUCAGCAGAAGGUUCCCCCCAUUGACUAUGAUCAGCUGGACCAAUACAACUGGCCGGCUGUCGUUGAAUGGGCAAAUAUUGAACUCGAGUUCUCGACAUCUGAAAAGGCUCCAGUGUUACCUGCAACUCGGGAGGAGUUUGAUAGCAUCUUCGAGCUUCGACCUGAGACUGUUCCAGCCGCCGAUGAACUGUACACUGUCACCUCGGGCAUUACCCUCAACUACAAGCGCGGUUUGAUGGCCCAUGUUCCAUUCGCAGUGCAAGUUGGCGCCGGCCAAGACCGCCCAGUCCAAGGACCACGCAAGAACGAGCUUGCUCGUCUCGACGUCGUCAAGACUUGGGUUCGUGCCAACGUCGCCGCAUCAGAUUCGACCUACGACCCGCCUAGGGCCGAGGAAGCUCUCAAACCAUUCGGUACUCAGCUCAUCAACUCAGCUGUGCAAUCGCUCCUCACCGAUCGGGUCAUUAGCAUGGGCAAUAAGGGUCGUGUUGUACCAGGCCGCAACUACGAUCUCACUGAUCAUCUCCUGGCCGCCCUUAGCCGCAAGCGCCUCAUUGACUGCCCGAUCCUGAAACGGGCUGCAUACUUCAAGACAGCAAUCCUGGACCCUCAGCUACAAAGCACGGGAUCUUUCGAUGUGCAUUACCAUGCUGAAGACGGCGACAUUCUCGCUCUAAUCAACCUCUUCAACCAUGGCCAACUCACCCUCCACCCCCGUGGCCAGCCACGUAACAGAUGGGGUCUCACUGAAGGCGGCUACCUUACCCGACAAAUGGACAAGAACCUCCUACGCUUCGCCGUCGAAGUCCGCCCAUCAGCUACAUACGCCUACGGCAACCCUAUCCAGACCCAGGCUACUUUGCCCGCACCACUACCACCCCCAUCCAACGACCCCAACCUCCCUCCCAAAUUGCCCCUCUGGUUCGAUAUCCAUGGGUUCCUGAUCCCGCAACUGUGGGAGAUGGCUAUUGCCUCGGUUCUAGGCUGCGUUUCCAUGCGGCAGGGUCUCAGCCCGGAACGCAUUUCGGGUAUGAUCAAGCCUGCGAUGGGCGCGUGGGAGAUCGAGUUGCUACUGAAUUGGUUGAAGGAGGUCGGUGUGGUGGAUCGACAGAGUCGUGAUGAGAAGAACGGAUGGAUGGUUCGCCAGUGGUGGUGGAUGGUUCUUACGGAGGAGGAGUCUGGUACGGUUGUGCCGGAUCCUAAGGCUGUUGCUGAUUUGGUUGCUGAAUUAGUUGCUGAGCCAGUUUCGCACGUUGAGGAGCCGAUGGCUUCUACUUGA